AUGAACAAUAUGGUUGACGGUGUAUUACAAAGAGCUGGUCAAACUGCUGACAUCCUCAUGGGCUUGAUCAGCAGCAGACAUGACAUAAAACCAGAGUUCAAGACCCGAGUUGACCAGCUUAUACCAAUGCUUCGUUGCACAACAAAUCUUUAUAAUCUCAUUCACCUAGACGAAAUCUGCCAGUCCGAUGGCAAACCCCAGACGCUUGCCGAUCUUGCUCCGACGGAACUGCAAAUCAGCGAAGUUCCGUUCGCCAAGAUCAACAACCAUCUUCGGCGGUUUGAUCAGGAGCUUUCACCCUUGUCAGUUCCAAAUGACCACUCCAGGCUGAUGAAGCUUGUUGAUGAGCUGUACGAGGAGAUAAGGACGCUCCUUGACGAUAUCCGCGCUGAUGUAGUCGUCGCCAUCAAGCAAGCCUUCAAGCACACCCUGGUCAGCCAACACGCGUACGCCGUACAACUCAGAGACGUCGUCACGGCACGGGAACCUAGCCUCGUGCACGACAUCAAUCAAAUCCGCAUCCAACGAGGCGACGCCCCCGUAAGAGCUCCCUCCAUCCACCCCAGCGUCGCCCCUGACGCGGCCACGGAAGUGCCCCAUGUUCAGUACGUCGAUGUACACCUCACUAAGAAGGUCAUCGAAACCCGUCUCAUACCAUCUGCCGACGAUCCUCCUUCGUCGAAGUCUUUCCACUGGCGCCCCAGGGCCCACAAACUCGCAAGCCUUCUCAACGCGACAAACUCACCCCUGGUACCUCGCUGCAUCAACCUCCGAGAAAACACCGAACGCGGCCGCUUAGAGUACCUAUACGAACCUCUCCCAGGGUUUGCGGACUUCCCUCCCAACCUCUACAACCUCGCGGAGCACCUAGUCUCUCACGAUGGCCACUUCAAUAAUGACAGACCGCAAGCAGAGCGCCUACCACUCGCGACUAAGGUCAAAUUCGCGUACCGUCUAGCCCGAGCCCUUAGCGAGCUUCAUGCCGUCGACAGAGUCCAUGGGGACUUACAGAGCGGGAACGUUUGGUUUGCCGUCUCCGGGGAGUUCAAGGGCAUGAAGUUGUCCCCUCCGUUGCUCCUGGGGUUCGAUUUGGGCGAGGAUCAGCCAAUGGUCCGGUCACCGCAGUCUGACGAUGAUCAGGGUGAGAAUAAGGGGUACGGCGUGGCUCUUGAGAAGGCCAAGAUGGCGGACAUACAAGCCCUAGGUAUCUUGCUUGUGGAAAUUGGUCUCGGGGCUCGCAUCACCUCAACGUCCACUGAUGAUGAUAGUCUCGGAUUUACCGUCGCGUCUGCGAAGAGGUUCACCAAGAAGAUUAGAAUGGGAGACAAGUAUGCCCUCGCAGUGAGGGCGGCACUCGACCCCGGACGUCUUCGCACGGCAUUUGCAUCUAGGGUAGGUAAGGAAGACGUCGGUCUGGACCAGUCUUUCCGGGGGGUUGUCGUCGAUGGGCUGCUCGGUGUUCUGGAGAGGAGGACUUGA